UUUUCCGCUAGUGUAGCACUCGCGUUGGAAACCAAGACAUUAACGGGAAACCUGCGGCACGAGUUCGUCAGAGAUAUUUGCACUCAUAUAUCGUCAAACGGCGUGUAUUUUCUGAACAAGCUAGAAAGAAACCUGGUCGCCACCGCCAUAGUGACAAAAUACCCCUUUCGUAAAGAUCCCAUUGGCAGCGGAUUGGUGAGUUUGUUAUUAUUUGUACUUUUUAUUUUUGAUUCGAGUUCAUUACUCUUUGCGGUUAUCCUGAAUGAAUUUAUACGAGGAUGGCUGAGCUACGCUAGCAACGAUUGCACGGCGCGUGAAGAACCCUUAGGCUAUGACGUUAUGGCUGAAGUUAACUUUGCUUAG